CAGUGCUUCAGAGCAUAUAUCUAUUCAACCACUAACAACAACAUUAACAGGAGUUUCCUAUUGACUGUAAUUAUUCUAAAUCCUGUACGUCCUGAUUUGAUGGCUUUUGAGUGUAAAAUUAGACUAUGAUACAUGAUCUUUUCAGAUAUUAGACAACAUAAGAUGAGUUUAUAGUGUGCACAUGAUGCUGUCUGAUCACAGAUGAGUUUAUAAAUGAAGUCCACCCCUGUCUGAUCUCGGAUGAGUUUAUAUAUUCAGCCUACACACUGAAGGCGCACGAGACGGGCAUCAACGCAGCCAAGCCUGAAUUCAGAGCGCUGUUACAUGUACAUGGACAUUGUUGGGAAUUAGGCCUUCGCGUGAGUUUCUUACUGGACUGGAGUAUAUUUAUUUUACCAUUGCUUAUUUACAGGCUGAUCCUAAUAUGAUGGAAAGACUCCGUUUCUAUGAGAUGUCAAAUUUCUGUAGUGCAAACAUCAUGUGUCUGCGGGGUCCAGCAGCACUAGCCUGAUGCUGAGGAUGAUGGAAAGCUAGCUGCUAACUCAAGGAUGCUCCACCGCAAAUAAACCGCUAACUCAUCCGUACUCUCGUUUUUACCACAUUUAACGUGAAGCCGUUCUAUUUCACUGAGCGAUGUUUGUCUAUUUUAGCGUGAAAGGGGGAAAUAAAUAAAAACUUUCACAUAUAUCGACUCGGCUUUGCUAGCUAAGCAGCUGUUCGGUUGCAUGACACUGGAUGUUUUCGGCAAAGGGAGGGAUUUGCAGCAAAAUAUUACACGAACCAGGCAGGUUAACGGUGUAAAUAAAACAUCCGGAGUUCUGAGAGAAUGAUUACACAAAGAACAUUAAACGACACGUCUCGACUUUGCUAUACGAGCAAAUGAAAGAACGGUAACUUACGUAAAUAAACGGUUGUAUAUCUGAUCGCUUGGAUGCAAAGGUGCGCGGGACAACAAGCAUUUACUACAAAAGCGACUCCACGACAAUAAAUCAAAUCAAAUCACAAACAACGUUAUAUUAAAGCCGAAAACUUAAAUCCAACAUCGCUGAAAUGGCUAAAGAGGCGUUUCCUUUACAUUAUCUGGUGUGGAACAACCAGUAUCAAGAACUGGACCGAGAGCUUCAGACAAAGCAGCAUGAUGUGGAGCGGCUGGAUCCCCGCGCGCGCACGCCGCUCGAGCUGUCAGUGUGUCUCGGGCACCUGGAGUCCACGCUCGUUCUGCUGAGACACAACGCGGACCCCACACACUGCAACACACAGGGCUGGACAGUUUUGCAGGAGGCAGUGAGCACUGGAGAUCCUGAGCUAGUGCAGCUGAUCCUUCAGUACAGAGACUUCAAAAGAGCCAAAGAGAGAUUGGCUGGUAUUCCUGAGCUACUGAGCAAACUGAGACAGGCACGUGAUUUCUACGUGGAGAUGAAAUGGGAAUUUACUAGCUGGGUGCCUCUAGUAUCAAAGGUUUGUCCAAGUGACGUAUACCGCGUAUGGAAAAGUGGCUCGUGUUUAAGGGUCGACACCACUUUACUGGGUUUUGAGCAUAUGACCUGGCUCAAGGGAUGCCGCAGCUACAUCUUUAAAGGUGGAGAAAGCGGGGCCAUGGUGAUGGAGGUGGACCACGAGAAGCAGGUGGUGUAUACGGAACCGCUGUCCCUGUCCCCACACGACGCCCCCUCCCUGCUCGCCGCCAUGCUGCCCUCACAGGAGAACACGGCUCAGAGGCUCACUUCACCCAUAGUGUCCACUCAUCUGAAUACACGCAACAUUGCCUUCGAGAGAAAUAAAUCUGGGAUUUGGGGUUGGCGCUCAGAGAAGUCUGAGGUUGUCAGUGGAUAUGAAGCAAAGGUUUACAGUGCCAGUAAUGUUGAGUUAGUAACGCGUUCUCGGACUGAACACCUUUCUGAUCAGGACAAGUCCAGGAGUAAAGGGUCAAGAACACCUCUUCAGUCUUUUCUGGGUAUAGCAGAGCAGCACGUCUCUAGUACCGGGAGUCAGGUAUCUCAGUGUGCUAGUCCCCAUAAUCCAACAGCUAUCACAGCAGAAGAAUACUUUGAUGCUGAGUUCAAUCUGAAUGCCAGAGAUAUUGGACGACCCAUUGAACUUACCAGCAAAGUGCAAAAGUUUAAAGCCACUUUGUGGUUAAGUGAAGCUCAUCCUCUCUCACUGACUGAGCAAGUAACGCCCAUCAUUGACCUCAUGGCUAUAUCAAAUGCCCACUUUGCCAAGCUGCGUGACUUCAUCACUUUGCGUCUACCCCCUGGCUUUCCCGUAAAGAUAGAAAUACCUCUCUUCCACGUGUUGAACGCUCGCGUGACCUUCAGCAAUCUUUGUGGUUGUGACGAACCAGUCAGUUCUGUUACUGUAUUAAAUCCACAGUCUCCACAAGCAGCGUCAGAGGCUGGCCAGCCGCCGCCUCCCCUGCAAUGUGAGGUGGACCCGUCUGUGUUCGAGCCUCCCCCAGAAUACACAACGCUUGGUCCAGGCCGCAGUGAACCAAUGAGAGAUGAGGAUGAUAAUUUACUCCAGUUUGCCAUACAACAGAGUCUGCUGGAUGCAGGAACAGAAAGCGACCAGGUGACCAUAUGGGAGGCUCUUACAAACACUCGUCCAGCUUCUCAGCCUCCGCUGUAUGAGGAGGACUCUCAGUUUGAGAGGGCCAUUCAGGAAUCUUUGUCGUUGAAUGGAGGGGAUGGUGAAGAGUCAGAUCCUGGCCAGCCGAUAUCCCCAUCCGAUCCCUCCCUCAACUCCCCUCCAUGUUACAGCUCAUUGGACGAGCCUCGGGCGCCAGGAGCGUUUGCCGUUGCCAGCAGUUUUGACGAACAGCUACGCAUCGCUAUGGAGCUCUCGUGCAGAGAGCAAGAAGAUUUAGAUCGGAAGAGGAGGGAAGAAGAGGAAGAGCUGGAGAGGAUACUGCAACUGUCUCUCACAGAGAAGUAACCGUAGAAAAGCGUGACGUGGGUUUAAAGGGAUAUUUAUUGGUUGUGUUUUUUUCUGCAAUGUUAAAUUAUUCUUCUUUUAGAUUCAUCAUCACAAUAAUAAAAAUGAAAGAGGAAUCUGAGAGAGAGAGCGUGUGUGUGGUCGCCAAGACUGAAGCAGUUCAUUGGAAUUUUUUUUUAAAGAAUAUGAAACAUAGAGCACAGCAUGAAAUUGUUAAUGAUAUCCUCUCAGUUCCUAUGUCUUUUGAGUGAUAAAGGUCUUGAAAACUUCAAUUGCAUUGUAUGAUGAAAAUGUGAAUAUGAAUUAUGAAUAUUGAUGACUAUCACAAUGCAUAAAGGUAAAGUAUUGAAUAUAUUAUUGCUCUGAAAUGAGUUUAAUUAUAGUGGAUGAUAAUGACAUGACAGUAUAAGUAUUAAAUGUUGCUCCAACACUUUCACGACAAUAAGGGUGUCUUUAAUAUGUCUUUGGUGUUUUGACACUGUUGUCAUGAGAUGACUUGUAACAGAUGGGAAAAGCAAAACCCCCAUUCUUGUUUUGAAGAACAUGAGGGUGAAUAAAUGAUAACAAAAUUGUUAUUUUUGGACGGAGUGUAUUUGUCAUAAAGCCAACAUGUUGCAUUUUUUUAGACUGGAAAAGAUUCUAAAUAAACCGUACAAUAGAAUUGAAACCAAUUAGUAUGUCAAAUUUAAAUAUGUUUUGAUCCUAAUAUCUCUAAUUCUCAAUACAAAGAACCAUUUCUGCAAAAAAAAGCUCAUAAGAAACUAGGUAGAACUAUUUUACCAAGUAUAACAUUUACAAAGCCAUCUUUUUAAAAUAUCUAACAAAAAUGUCUGCCUAGAAUGCUUGAUAAAAGUCACAUGUCAUCCUAAAUACCAUUUCAAUCGUAAAUUGAAAAUAUUCUACUGAUAUAUCUCUUGUGACAACUAGCCCCGGGUUUUAUAUAGGCUAUAAUUAAAAUGCGCACCGUUAAAAAAGCUGUAGCAGUAAGAAAAAAAUAUAAAUAAGAUAAGGUUCGAAAUACAAUGCAAAAAAACUAAUGCCUUAAACAUUUGGAACUUUUUAAUUAUUGAUGCUUUACUCACUAGGACUAUUCAAUUUUGAUUGCGUUGAUAAAUGGAUCACAGGCAGAGAUAUUUUGCUGGUCCGGGUCACCUCAGACUGGACGAUACCAGGUAAGGUAUCAUCAAUUCUGGACAUUAUAACACAAACAACAAAAGUGAAAAAUUCAUAUUUUAACGUUAAUUGUUUACUUUCAGAUGAUUAGUUUGUCAGGGACUGCAACUUCCUCCAAUUCACAGAAGUCCAUGUAAGUGUUUUAUAGAUUUGUUUACACCUCAAACGGUCUUUUAUUUUACUGAUUUAUCAUUAUGGACUUGGCAAAUAAAGAAGAUACAUUACCUCCGUCUGCCGUGGACCUGUGGAGAAGAGGCGAGCGAAAGGUAAGAAACAGUCAUUAGAUGUGAAUAUUUUAACAUGCAUGAGGAUAUUUAGCAGUCACUGUAAAAGUUGUUGACGAUUGCUUUAUCAGGCUAAAAGUUACCAUAUAAGUCAUUUAAUGCUGUUCUCAACUGAAUAAGCAAAUUUACGUUCAUCAGCUUGAGCCUUUGCGCCCUCGGCUGAUGCUUUCAGGUCUGGAGACCUCCAGAGGUGAGUGAGCUUCACAUAGCCUACUGUAGGAGAGAUAAUAGGAUCACUAAACCGUCUACAUCACAGAACCUCAAAUGAUCUUAAGUCUUCAUGGACUGUUUAGAAGUCUAAUGCCCACUUGCUGCAAAUGCAGAUUUUAUUUAAUUGUCUUGUUCUGGCUUGUUUGCAGUGUAACUUCCACAUCUGCCAAGUUUCCAACCAUCCAGACCUGUUCAACCGCGUCCACCAAAGGCAGCGCCGAGGAGACCCCUCAGGACUGAAGUAUGGACAGGCAUGGACUUUGGGCUUUUUAUAAAGAACAGCCCGGGUUUCCCAAGAUAUGGUGCCAAAUGAGGUAGGACCCAACUAGUUUAAUGUGCAACAGAAAAAUAAAUAUGUGCAACAGAAAAAUAAAUAUGUGCAACAGAAAAAUAAAUAUGUGCAACAGAAAAAGAAAAUGUGCAAAAGAAAAAGAUAAUAUACAACAGAAAAAAGAAUGCAAUAUGUACAACAGAAAAAGAUGAUGUGUAUAUGUUUUUGUCAGUUGUUUUUGUUGAUUUCUUCUAAAUAAAAAUGUGACUUAUAUACUAGUAAUGUGUCUUUAUUUAACAAUGCAAGAAGCAAACAACCUGAUCUGGUGUUAAAUUAGCAACAGCAACUUAAUUCUGUCUCUACUUUCUGAUGUGGCCUUUAGUGGACUAUAAGCUUAAACAUGCCUUGCUAGGCCUAUUUCUUUUGAAAAGAAGUGAAUUGUUGAUUAGAGGUCAAGAGGUAUUAAUCAAAGUUCACAUUAUGUGUGCUCACAAAUGCAAAUCUUAAACUGAGCACAUAAAUGGCCAAAA